GCCAGUGUAGGAAGGCAUGCGUGUCAAAGCACAAGAAUCAUGGUCAGCGAGACCGCAAGAAGCAACUUUUCUCCUCUCGGCCCGACCGGCGCCGCAGAUCGGGACACCGCUCCCGACGUCGGUGUCUGUCUACGUACGUACCUCCCCUUAUUUAACGGCUUCUUCCCGCCUCUUGGCCGUUUCAAACAGCUCGAGGCCGAGGAUAUGUACAAGAUGGUGGUGGUGCCGACACGGAGAGGUGACACGGAGGACGCGGGAACGGACGUCGACCGCUCGGCGCCGGCUGUGGCGGCGGCGAGGACGAGCAGGAGCCACAGCGAGGCGGAGCGCAAGCGGCGGCAGCGCAUCAACGCUCACCUCGCCACGCUGCGCAGCCUGCUCCCGUCGGCUUCCCAGAUGGACAAGGCGGCGUUGCUCGGGGAGGUGGUGAGGUACGUGCGGGAGCUACGUGGCGACGCCGACGCCGGCACGGUGGCCGGCGUGGCCGUCCCGGGGGAGAGCGACGAGGUCGGCGUGGAGGAGGAGCGCUGGGACGACCGGGAGAACGCGAAGCGCGUCAGGGCGUGGGUGUGCUGCGCCGACCGGCCGGGCCUCAUGUCCGAGCUGGGGCGCGCAGUGCGGUCCGUCAGCGCGAGGGCGGUCCGCGCGGAGAUCGCCACUGUCGGCGGGAGGACGCGGAGCGUCCUGUACCUGGACGUCGGGCAAACCAUCGGCGCGUCCCGGCCGGCAUUGCAGGCGGCGCUCCGUGCCGUGCUGCUCAGCCGGGAGGAUCAGCUGCUCGCCGUGGAGAGCUACAAGACGCAACGCUUCUCGGCGCUCAUCUCCCAAGGUUUAGGAUGAUACUACUAUGUUGUCCAUCUGAUUCCAUAAUAUUUGUCGUGAUUUUAGUUUAGUUUAAAUUUAAACUAAAACCAUGACAAGUACUACGGAUCGGAGGGACUAUCAUGUAUUCUUUUCUAAUGUAUCAUCAUGUGCUACCAGUAUUAAUGUAACGUUAUAUAUCACUUGAUAAUUUUGAUCUGCUUUCA